AAAGAAGUGGCGGAACCACUGCGGCAAGAUGCACAGAACUUUCCAAAUUUGCUUGAUAGUACAACAGAGACGCCGAGAAGGUUAAGACUCGCACGACAAGGGAGUGGAGCAAACGAGGUGGUGACACAUCUCAUUGGAAAUCUCACUGCACUGGUUGAAAAGAGUCGCAAGACAGUGAAAGAUGCCAACCUUACCUUGAUGGAGGCGAAAGGCGCAUUCGAAGUUGUGAUUCGUAUGCUAAGAGAUAAAACACCAGAACCCAAUUACACAAACGUAACUGAAGAGGUACAAAGGAUUAUGUUUUAUGGGGAAGUUCAAGUACGAGAUAUUGAAAGAAUCUCGGAAAUGAGUGUCACUGAUAUAACUGAGGACGGACCUGACUUCGUGACCAUCAGAGAAAAAUGGAAUGGGGCACAUGAAGAAGAACAGAGAAGGGCUGAUGAAGAAAAAGCCAAAAGGAAUGCAGAGGAUGAAAGAGACGCCGAGGAAGAAAGACGAAUCGAAGAAGAGAAGGCGAGGCUGGAGAAAGAGAAACUGGCUGCAGAAGAGAAGGCAAGAAAGGCUAAAGAAGAUGAACUGGCGAGAACGGCAAAGAAAGAGACGGACAACAACAGCAGUCCUGCAUUGGUGCACAGUCCCAUUUUGCUUCUUGUUCUCUUGUGUGUUUUGGGUUGCUCUCUCAUGUGCUGA